AUGGCGAGCCCCAGCAUGAGGUGGAUCGACGAUGGAUGCAAUGUGGAUGGCGGUAACCCCGGACUGACAAGAGAAAAGUUGUUCGUGUUGGUCGUGGCUGAUGAUGCGCUCGUGCGUAAAGUACACGAGAAACUUGUGAGCAAGCUCAAAGUAGCAAAACAAGUCCAGACUCAAACCGCCGCAAAUCGGAAGGAAGCCUUGGAUCUUCACCUUUCUGGUUCAUCUUUUGAUAUUAUCCUCAUGGACAUGCAAAUGCCUAUCAUGGAUGGCCCUGAAGCGACGAAGGAGCUGCGAGCAAUGGGGGUAGAGAGCAUGAUCGUGGGAGUGACUUCGGUGGAUGCCACAGCCGAUAAGGAAGCUAUAGUAGAAGCGGGUCUGGAUGAGUGCCUUGCGAAGCCACUUACUGCCGAGAAGAUCAAGUAUCUUGUUGAAACCCUAGAGAGGAACAAAUAG